AUGUCCAAGUACGUGACCCCGAGCGUCGCCGUGGGGGCUCGUUGCUACAUCCCGGACGAAGACUCUGCGUGGCUGCCGGUGUACGUCGAGGAGGUGAACGAGCAAAAGGGUCUCGUGACCGUGAGGAUCCAGCGGCCGCGAAAGGAUCAGCAAGACGAAGACACCGUAGAUCACGAUGACGCCGACAGAUCCGGGGAGAGUCGCGUCGUGGCCAUGGAUGUCGGCUUCCCGCUGCAGAACGCGCAGCUUUCGCGCUACGACGAGGGGCUGGACAACAUGAUCGACCUCAACCACCUGCACGAGGCUGCUAUCCUGCGCAACCUCAAGAAGCGCUUCCGAGCUCGGAAACCGUACACGUACACGGGGGAUAUCUGUCUGGCGGUGAACCCUUAUCAAUGGCUGGACGAGUUGUACACUCCCGGACUUCACAAGAAAUACCUGCAGGCUCGGAAGAGGCAAGAUCUGCCGCCUCACGUGUACGCGGUGUCUGUGGCUGCGUUCAGGCAUAUGUGCGAUAAUGGCAGCAACCAGAGUAUCCUCGUGAGCGGCGAGUCCGGCGCAGGGAAGACCGAGACCACUAAGAUCCUGAUGGAUAACCUGGCCACCAUUGCCCCGGCACCGACUACGACCGCCAGUGACCAGGAACACAGCAUUACUACGCGUAUUAUCGAAGUGAACCCGCUGCUCGAAAGCUUCGGUAAUGCGAAGACUACACGCAACGAUAACUCGAGUCGCUUCGGCAAGUUCACGCAGCUCCAGUUCGACAAGAAUCACGCCCUGUGCGGUGCUCAGUGCGAGACGUAUCUGCUCGAGAAGACCCGCGUCAUCUCCCACGAACGCGGCGAGCGCAACUACCACAUUUUCUAUCAGCUUCUGCACGGCACGACGGACGAGGAACGUGACGCAUUGGGUCUUGGCGACGAGUGUCCGAAGUUCUCGUACCUUGAAGAGAAGGAGCCUCGGCUGGAGGUACGGCCAGGACGGAAAUCGAGACCGAGUGCGCCUCCCCCACCCAAGUCGGCGUCAGUGAUCGAGGCGGAGAACACCAAAGACCGAGCACUCUUUGCGAAGACCAAGCAGGCGCUCUCUCUGCUCGGACUCAGCGCGGACCAGCAGAACGCGUUGUUCCAGGUGCUGUCGGGUAUUCUCCACCUGGGUGAGGCUCAUUUCGUUCCGCAGCCGGGCAACGACGAAGCUUGUGACCUGGACCAGGAUUCCGUGAUUUAUUCGUGUGUGCUGCUGGGGUUGGACCCGAACACCAUGGGCAAAGCCCUGACUCACCGUACUAUGAAGGCUGCGGGAGAAGUGUACCUGGUCCCGCUUACGGUGGAGCAGGCCCAGUCCGGACGUGACGCGCUCGCCAAGGCCAUCUACGCCAGCAUUUUCGACUGGCUGGUGGCUGGUAUCAACGCUAGUUUGGGUGCCGCCCCACGAAUGACUGCGAACACCAUCGGCGUGCUCGAUAUCUUCGGCUUCGAGAGCUUCGAGUACAACUCGUUUGAGCAGCUCUGCAUCAACUACGCGAACGAGAAGCUGCAGCAGAAGUUCACACAGGAUGUGUUCAAGGCCGUGCAGGAGGAAUACGAGCGCGAGAAGAUCACGUGGGCACACAUUUCGUACGCGGACAACAGCGAGACACUCGCGCUCAUUGAAGGCCGCAUGGGUGUGCUGGCGUUGCUGAACGAGGAGAUCGUGCGUCCUCGCGGUAACGAAGAGGGCUUCGUUAGUAAGCUGUCGGGUGCGUACCUCAAGCAGAAGAACCUCAUUGAGUUCCCGCGGAUCUCCAAGACCCAGUUCGCCAUUCACCACUACGCUGGAACGGUCAAGUACGAGGCCACGGGCUUCUUGGAGAAGCACAAGGACGCUCUGCUCUCGGACCUGUCGGACCUCAUGUGCGGCAGCCACGAGCCGUUCCCGCAGAUGCUCUUCAAGGUCAGGGCCGAGAUGGAGGCGGCGGCUGCAGCGUCCGCCGCCAGCUUGAAGCGCUCCACCUCUGGAGGCCGAGGAGCUCGCGGAGGCUCGGGCGGCGCUGGCGGCGACAAGACUGUCGGCAUGCAGUUCAAGCAGUCGCUCAACUCGCUCAUGACCAACAUCAACGAGACCAACGUCAACUACGUUCGAUGCAUCAAGCCGAACAGUGCCAAGAGCUCCACGCUACUCGAGGACAAGAUGGUGGCCAACCAGCUCCGCUGCGCCGGUGUCAUCGAAGCCAUUUGCAUCGCCCGCGCCGGAUACCCGAACCGACUGCUGCACGCCGAGUUCGCGGAGCAGUUCGAUAUCUUCCUCACCGAGCAGGAGCAGAACCGCCAGAAGGAGGACCCGGAGCAGUACGGCGCGGCUCACUGCCGCAUCCUGGUCAAGAAGUUCAAGCUCGAGAUGCCCGAGGAGUACCAAAUGGGCGUGACCAAGAUCUACCUGCAGAAGGGUGUGAUCGAGAAGUGCGAGCACAUCAAGGCGCAGAAGCUCUUCGCGUACGUGGCGCUCAUCCAGGCGCACUGGCGCGGCAUGCGCACUCGCUGCGAGUACUACGAGAUGCGCGACGCGUUGAUCACCAUCCAGCGUCGCGCCAAGGUGUUCGUGACGAGGUGUCGCUUCCUGCGCGCGCAGCUCGCCAUUGCUCUGAUCCAGCGCGUGUACCGAGGAUACGUCGGUCGCUGCGAGUUCUACGCCGUGUUGAGCGAGCACUGCGCGCUUCAGAUCCAGCGCGUGUACCGAGGAUACGUCGGUCGCUGCGAGUUCUACGCCGUGUUGAGCGAGCACUGCGCGCUUCAGAUCCAGCGCGUGUGGCGCGGACACCAGGGACGCAAGAUCCGCUUCGCCGCGCUGUGCGAGCUGCGCGCCACGCAGAUUCAGCGCACGUGGCGUGGUCACAAGGGGCGACAGAUCUACUUUGCCGUGCUAUGCCAGACUCGCGCGGUGCGGCUGCAGUGCUUCGCUCGUCAAUAUCUCGCGCGUCAGGAGCUAUACCGGCGUCGUGCCGCGUACCUCGCUAAGCUUGAGAGGGAGGAGCGUGAACGCGUCGAGCGCGAGCUGGAGCUGGCUAGACAACGCAAGCUGGAGGAGGAGCGUGAGCGCCAGCGCAAACUGCAGGAAGAGCUGGCCAGGCUGGAAGAGGAGCGUCGGCAGGAGGAAGCGCGCCAGCUUGAGAUUCUUCGUCAGGAGAGCGCGCUGAUGAUCCAGCGGCAGGUCCGUGGGUACUUCGCUCGCUGCGUGUAUGCCGAGAUGGUUCAGGAGGCCGAGGAAGAGGAACGCCGUCGUCGUGAAGAGGAGGAGGAGCGUGAGCGCAUCCGUCUGCAACGCGAGCACGAUGAGCGCGAGGCCCGGCGCCGUGCAGAGGAAGAAGCGGCGCGCGAGAAGCAAAGGCUGGCGGAGGAGCGCAAGAAGAAGGCGCUAAUGAUGCGUCAGCGACGCGAAAACGCGGCCAUCCGCAUCCAGCGCACGGUUCGUGGCCACCUUGUCCGUAAGGAAUUCGCAGCGCUGAAGGCUGUCUUGCUCAUCCAACGCGUGGUCCGCGGUCACCUUGCCAGGAGGCAAGUCGCGAUGCUGAAGGGCGCGGUGCUCAUCCAGCGCGUGGUCCGCGGCCACCUCGCGAGGAAGGAAUUUGCAGCCAUGAAGGCUGUGUUGUUCAUCCAGCGUGUGGUGCGCGGACACCAGGCGCGGAAGCAGUUCCACGUGAUGAAGGAGGAGGCCCGACAGGAGGCGGAGGCGGCAGCUAUUCGCCUGCAGAGCAUCCAGCGUGGCCGCUUGGCUCGCCAGAACUUCUCCAAGCUGCGCAUCGAGAAGAUCGAGAAGGACGAGAGGGACGGAGAGAUCAACCGCGUGCGCGAGGAGUUCUCCAUGUUCAAGAUGGAGAAGGCCGAGCAAGACGACGAGCUCGUGCGCAUGCGGGAGGAGAACGCCAAGCUGAAGAUGCAGUUGGCGGAGCUGCAGAGGGCCAACAAGGAGCUGGAGGCCGCGGUGGCGGAGCACCGAUGCGAUCGCGACGUGAUCAAGGCCUCCAACAACCUCAAGGAGAUCGAGCUCACGCAGAAGCUGACCACGCAGCGCAAGGAGCUGGAGACGGCGCGCGGCGAGUACUCGACCCUGUGCGACUUCUUGGAGAAGACCGGCAGCUCUCGCUCCACGGAGCCGGAAGAGCUCAACUCGUCCGACAGCUCGUCCACCUCCGGCGACGACGAGGAGAACGAGCACUGGAAGGAGGACCGUCCUACCAUUGACUCGACGACUGCGUCCUACUUCGAGGGUGACCGUCCGUCCCACGACAUUGCCAAGCUGCUCGGAAGCACGUCGCGGACGUCUCGACUGGCGAACGCCAUGCUGCAGCGUCGUCAGAAGGCGAGCCAGGCUGUGGCCCAGCGCAAGCAGCAAGCUGCCGCCGCGAUGCAGCACCGCAAGGAGCAGGCAGCUCAACGCAAAGAGCAGGCGGCCAAGACUCCGACCAUGCAGAACAACGCCAACACCGCCACGAAGGCCAAGAAGUGGGUCACGCUGGCCCGCAAGAAGAAGGCCGAGUCUGUCACCACCCCGAUUGAACCUAUUGAGUAA